CGGUUCAUCUAAUUGCAUGAGAUUCUAAAAUUGCAAAACAAAUCAAUAAAGAGAUUACCUGAUAUUGUUAUAAAAGUCUGGGAUUUAAAACGUCCAUACGCGAUAUCAACCAUCAAAUACCUGACGCAUAACAAUAUUUACCGGAGCGUCUCCGUUGGAUAACUUUGCGUCUCAGUUGGAAAAGUUUGCCAUGCAGUGAACCAGAGCUCAUUUUCCUCAUACAGAAAGCUCCUGCCAGUCCUCUCAGGAUGAUCCGGAGGGGACGUCUCUCUGGUAGGUAACCGAAGACAUCCGUGCGUUCGUCCUCCUCCCCUCUGGAGUGGAGAUGGUCCACAGCGCCGCCCUGCUGGUGACAUGUGUCUGGAUGCAGACGUUUGCGGUUCACGCUCUCAACUCCUGCCCUGCCAGGCCCCCCCCAGCGGUGGAUUUCUCUGUGCCCUACGAGCUGCCCUUCUUCCAGGCCCGCGGUCUCAUUCAGAACAUUGUGACUAAUCCGGAUUACCAGGAGGUCUACGUGGCCUCGCAGAAUGUGAUUGAGGCGGUGAACGCUACUCUGGGAGAGAGAUGGGUGCUACGAACAGGUCCCGUGGGGAGCCCUGAAUGCAAGGUCUGUGACCUGUGUGAUAUCGAAAGGACUCCCGGCACAUUGGAGAACACGGACAAUGAGGUCUUGCUGUUCGACUCAUAUUUCAUGUAUUUGUACACUUGCGGGAGCUCUCAGUAUGGUGUCUGCUCUUUCCACCAGCUUGAGGAGAACGGGCCUCCCUCUUACUCCAAAUGCUUAUUUAGGAAGGAAUUCAACUCCCCAUCUCACUGCCCAGAUUGCGUGGCCAGCCCUCUGGGCACCAAGGUGACCAUGGUGGAGGAGGGGCAGACAGUUUACUUCUUUGUAGCAGCAACCGUCAACGAUACUGUGGCCCAGAAGUACGGCAGGAAGUCAGUGUCGGUGCGUCGGCCUCUGUCGACUGAGGACGGGUUCUACAACGACGUUCAGGGCCUCACGGUGCUGCCCAGCUUGCGUGGGUCGUACCGCAUUGACUACAUCUACAGCUUCUUUACCAAGGACUACGUAUACUUCCUGUCCGUUCAGAGGGAGAGUCCGGACCUGGAUUCCUCCCCCUUCCAAACGCGGCUGGGCCGGCUCCCGCGGAACGAGUGGGAGAUGCGGCGGUACCGCGAGGUGGUACUGGAGUGCCGCUUCGAGCCCAAGCGGAGGAGGAGGAGGAGGAGGAGGAGGCAGAACUGGAGGGAUGUGGUGUACAACGUGCUGCAGGCCGCGCACUUCGGAAGGGCAGGGAAGGAGCUGGCGGAGGAACUGGGCGCCGAGGAGAAGGACGACAUCCUGUACGGCGUCUUCGCCGUGACUGACGACUCCGGGGAGCCCGACCAUGACUCGGCCCUUUGCGCCUUCCCCAUGGUCACAGUAGACACGGCCAUCGACGAGGGCGUGGACGCCUGCUGCAAGUCUGGCCCAGAGCAGCUCUCCCGGGGACUCUGCUACUUUCAGCCGUGUGAAAACUGCCCACACGAGAGCAUGGAAUAUAAUGCCACCUGCAAGGACCAGCCCACCAUGGUGUCCCAGCCGUACUACAGAGUGGACCUCUUCAACAGGCAGAUGCGCAAUGUCCUCCUCACCUCCCUGCUGGUCACCACCAUUGAGAACAAGACCGUGGCGCACAUAGGCACCUCUGAUGGCCGUCUGCUGCAGCUGGUCCUCAGAAGAUCCAGCCCCAUCAUCUUUGCUAAUUACUCUUUGGCAGAGAACCAGAGAGUGUCCUCCAUUGCCUCUGUGUACUCAGAAGAAUCCUUACUCUUUGUAGUUGGAAACAAGAUGAUUCUUGUGCCGCAGAAGGGGCCAGGCUGUCGUCAUUUCCUCACCUGUACCAUGUGCCUGAGGGCUCCCAGGUUCAUGGGGUGUGGCUGGUGUGGGGGGGUGUGUUCUUGGGAGGGUGAGUGCGGAGGUCGUUGGAGAAACGAGUCCUGUCCACCCAGCAUCACUGAGUUCUUCCCCAAGACAGCGCCCCCUGAUGGUCAGACGGAGUUGACCCUGUGUGGUUGGGAAUUCCAGUCGCCUCUGCGGCCUGCCAUCAGUCCCAAAACCCACCAGGUGAGAGUGGGACAGACUACCUGCGCUGUGAUGCCCGAAAAGAGCAACAGCACACACUUGGUGUGUAAGAUUCAUGCGGGCGCUGUGGAACUCCUUCAGCCUGUCAAUAUCACGGCAGAGGUGCAUGAAGGGAAGGUGCAGGGCCAGUACUCCAUUGACGGGAAAGCUGAGAUUCAGGGGUUCACGUUUGUGGUGCCAGACAUCUUGAAGAUCCAUCCAAACUAUGGGCCCCUGGAUGGGGGCACCCUCAUCACGAUGAGCGGGCCUCACCUGAAUGCGGGGACGACCAGGGGAGUCACUCUGGGUGAGGCUACGUGCCCGAUCAAAAGUGUUUCAGUAUUGAAGGGAAACAUCUCCUCCAUUGUCUGCCUGUCGCAACGUGUGUCCGAGGUGAAAGACGCGGUUCUGAGAAUGCAUAUUGAUGAACACCGUCUCUCCACCAAGAAAUUCCACUUCAAAGAGACACCCGAGAUCACCGAGGUCCUCCCUGACUGCAGCUUUGACAGAGGAUCCAAAAUCACCAUCAGAGGCAAGCACCUGGAUUCAGUCUACAGGACCAUUGUCCGCUUUAAGCCCAACGAGAGCCACCAGAAGCCUGUGCACAGGGAGUGCACCGGCGAGGUAAGCCCCACACACAUGGAGUGCCUGGCCCCUGCUUUCCACAGGGACGAGUCUGAGGAAGGGGAGCUCUCCUUUGAUAUGGAUGGCGCUACGGGGCUCUGGAGGAAGGAGUUCUCCUACCACCCGUACGCCGAACCCAUCCCUUUCGAGAACGAGGGCCAUGUUCUGCGACUGUUCACCGGCCAGGAUGAAGUCUCCCUGCAUCACCAGAAGCUAAACCUGGUGAGUUCCUGUAUGACCAUCACCAUGACGGUGGGGGGAGUGGACUGUGAUGCCAAAGUACUGGACAAUGAGAUAACCUGCAGGAUUCCCAAAAACCUCACCGUGCCCAGCGAAGGCUUACCUGUGAAGAUCUCGGUAAAUGGACAGGUGCAGGAUGUUGGCCGUGUGAUCAUUGUCAGUAACCACUCUAUGGUGGGCAUCGUGUUGGGCAUUCUGGGUGCACUGGUGGCUGGUGCCGUACUAGCCUUCGUUGUGAUGAAGCACUUGAGAAAGAAGAAGAAAGCUUUCUUGGCGGAGAACCGCUUGAACAAUUUUUCCCAUAGUCACACUCGGGCUAACAGCAAUGCGGACAUGUCUCCCGUGGGUGACUACAGAAGAGAGCUGCCCCUUACCUCUGCCACAGGGGGGCCGGUGGUGUACCCCGGCCUGGCCUACGCUGGGAGCCUGGACAGCACUCUCACCCCCCUCAUGCCCCCGGAGAAGAUCUCCAUGUCCAGCUUCCGGCCAGAGCUUCUAGAGGAGGUUAAGGAUGUGCUCAUCCCAGCGGAGAUGCUCAAUGUGCAUCAUCACAAAAUCAUCGGCAAAGGUCACUUUGGGACAGUCUAUCACGGCUAUCUUAAGGACCACAAUGACCGAGAAAUCCACUGCGCUGUCAAGUCAUUAAACAGGAUCACAGAUGUGGAGGAGGUGGAACAGUUUCUGAAAGAGGGCAUCUUGAUGAAGGGCUUCCACCACACUAAUGUACUGUCCCUCCUGGGCAUUCUGCUGCCCCAGGAAGGGCUCCCCCUGGUGGUGCUACCCUACAUGAAGCAUGGGGACCUGCGUCACUUCAUCCGCUGUGAGAACAGGAAUCCCACAGUGAAGGACCUGAUUGGCUUCGGGCUUCAGGUCGCCAAGGGAAUGGAGUACUUGGCACAGAAGAAGUUUGUGCACAGAGACCUGGCGGCACGAAACUGCAUGCUAGAUGAGUCUUACACUGUGAAAGUGGCAGACUUCGGCAUGGCGCGAGACAUCUUUGACAAGGAGUACUACAGCGUGCAGGACCACAGGAAGGCCAAGCUGCCAGUCAAAUGGAUGGCCAUCGAGAGCCUACAGACACAGAAGUUCACCACCAAGUCAGAUGUGUGGUCCUUUGGGGUCCUAAUGUGGGAGAUGCUGACCAGAGGAGCCAGUCCCUACCCGGAAGUCGACCCCUAUGACAUCACACAUUACCUAAUGAAGGGCCGGAGACUCCAACAACCGCAGUACUGCCCUGACCCUCUAUAUGCUAUCAUGCUCCAGUGCUGGGACCCUGAGCCGGAGCUGAGGCCCUCUUUUGCCACCCUGGUGUCGGAGGUCCUGUCUAUUCUGUCCAACCUGGAGGGGGAACACUAUAUCAGCCUGAAGGUCACCUACGUCAACCUGGACCAACCCCGCCCUUACCCUGCUCUCACAGAGUCUGCAGACGAGUAUGACUCCUCCGAUCCGUGCGACUAUGACUCAGACACUGCCUGAAAGGUCAAAAGGUCAACACCUCCGGGUCACCUGAAACCUGUCCAACACGGCAUAGUCAUCCCUAAAGGUGGUGCAAAGCUGCCUAUCACCUGAGCGAGGGGGUUUAAAACAGGCAGGAAAACCUGUGAUCAGGUCAGGUGAUAGUGAGGCUGGCUGUAGUGUUAGUAGAAGAAACUACAUGGUCGAGUUUCGCACCCACAAGAAAAGGAAUGAGACUGUCUCCUAAUGAUGCAUUACUUGGCAGGACUCAACUGGCAAAUGUGCCAAAGCACUAUUUAAACCUACUGUUAUCUUGUAAUUGUGUGCAAAUUGCCAGUAUUUGGACAGUGGUACAAUCUCUGUUUUUUGGGGGUCUGUACUCCAGCACAUUGCAUUGACUGAAUAUGUGCAAUGGCAAUGAAUAGGUGGCUAAAGUGUUUAUUGUCACUUUUAUUUUGAGGGCACUUACAUCCAUAUUGGGCUAUCCGUGUAGGAAUUUACAGCCCUUUCUAUACAUAGUCCCCCCAUUUCACGGUGCUGUAAUAUUUGGGUAAAAAUCACAGGUAUUUCUGAUUAGUUUAUUCACUCGGUUCCUUGCUGCAAGUAUAAGAGAGCUUUCAGUACUGUAUCUAGACUUGAUUCUAGGCUUUUGCCAGUUAUCGUUGUUUGUCAACAUGUGGACUGCAGUUGUCCAAUGACAGUCAAGGAAGCCGUUGUGAGGCUGAGAAAAAAAAAAGAGAAAUAGUCAGAGACAUAGGCCAAACAAUAAGCUUACCAAAAUAAACCACUGUCCAAAUACUUAUGGACUGCACUGUAUAUAGGAGUGAAAGUGGCAUACAGUGUGAAAACAGUAUCUUCACUCCUGUGGAAUAAAAUGUACACAUGGCAAAGCAGUCCAUUGCAAAUGUGGUUAUAUCAAUGUCUGCAUUUCAAAGCUUUUCUCUCAUGUGUGUGUGUGUCUAGUGAAAUAUUUUGAUUCAAGGAAUAGAAUGUUAAAGGAAUGGUCUUUUUUAUUUUUUAAACAUGAAAAUUAGAUAUGCAAUGCAAAAGAUGUGUUGAAUGAGUAGAUCUUAUUUAUUUUUUCCUUAUUUAUUUGUUCUCUUAUUGUUGCGCAUGGCUGAAGGAUUAUGUGUUAAACCGACAUAAACCCUACACUCACAAAUUCUCAGUUCAUUUUGUGGUGCACAGCUCUCUGUACAUAAGCCCAGUGAAGUGCUCGCAUUUGUAUACCGCAUGUGGCUAGGAAUCAGCAGCCUUCAGAGCAGACUAGGGAAUUGUUGGAGAUAGACUGAGAACACUGUGGUGACUGAAAGGACAAUCAAAUUCUAGGUUCAAAAUAAAGGUGUUAGCUCAUUGA